AUGGCAGAAAAUAGCGAAAAAUACUCUGAAACUGCUCGGACUGGCGAGAUUUCCGUUGCAGAAGAGACUGCUUUCCCUGGGGAAGAUGGCACUGGCGAUGAUGGCGAUGCUGACUCACCAGAAAUAACGAUGCAAGGGCUCGCGAAAAUGAUGAACUCUAUGAACGAAAAUAUGGCGGCCGUGGCAUCUUCUUUUGCUUUGAUGGGAUCUUCUCUGAAGAGAUCUCGUGAAGAAUCUAACAGCAGUAGUCAGACUAACAAGAAACAAAAAACGAGUAACGAUCCAACUAUUGAUGACGACCAGCACACAGGCUCACACAGCGAUUCAGCAGAACUCCGAGCAAUUAUGGCGCCAAAAGAUGAAACGCCGACCACAUCGACGGUCGAGCCCCCGAAUUUUCUCAGUCAAAUUGCGAGUGACUUUGACGAGGAUGAAAAUACUUCAGGUGCCGUCACCGAAAAGCUUGCUGAGAUCGUAAACAAACGUUUUUCGGCGCCCUUAGGCGAAGAGAAACUAAAAGAAAAACUGGGACAGUACUUGCGUCCAGAAAACUGCGCUAAGCUCGCAGUGCCAAAGGUUAAUCCUGAAAUAUGGAUGAAAUAA